AUGAUAAAUACAACAACCAAAAUGUCCAUUUUUCAUACAAGUAGGAGGACACUACUCAAAAAUCAAUUAAUAAUUAAUAAUUGUAUACCCAAAUUAUCAACAUUACAAAUAAUUCCAAUCCGUUCCAUAUCAUUCAAUCCAUUAAAUAUAGGUAAAGCAAUACAACAAGCAAAUGAAAUAGAUGAAAGAUUUAAAAAAUUAGAUGAAAAUACAUCAACACAAGAAAAAGUAAAACAAAUAAUUGAAGCUGUUAAAGAUACACCAGAAUUAUUAUUUCAAUUAAAUUUUUUCUUUUAUGAAUGUAAUAAAAUUAAUAUUUUACAUAAUGAUAUAGAAUCAAGAAAAAGAUCCUUAAAAUUUUGGUAUAUUUUUUUAACAAAAUUAGUACCAUUAAAUAAUGCAUUUUGGGAUACUUGUUAUACUUUAAAUAAAGCUCAACAUGUACAUAAAUUAAAUUAUAGAAAUUUACAAAAUAUUGGAUUAUUAGAUCCGAAAAAUUUUCCAGAACUGUUUCUUGAAGAAUUAGGUACUGGUAAAUAUAAUGGAAUUGAUUUUAGAAAUGUUAUCAUAUUCUCAUUUUCAAGACCUAAAUUUAAAGAAAUUUCAUUACCUAAAAAAUAUCAUAAAAAAGAAAAAGCAGUUGAAGAAAAAGAAGUUGAAACUUCUUAA